UGUCGGCGUCGCCGCCACGGAUGUGCUGGGUGGGUCAUAGCUCAGUCGUGAGUUGCGUUGCGUUGCGUGCGGUCCGAGGUUCCGCCGACAAUUGGGAACGAGGUCUAGACCCUAGUGCUUUGUUUUUAGCAGUGCGAAUUCGUUGUCAAAUUGAUGCCCAUCGAGAUGGAUAUGCCAAAGGAAGCGGAGUCGGCAGACAAGUUCAUAGUGAAGUAUCGCCAGCAGUAUUACGACUUGUCCAAGUUUAUGCGCAAGCAUCCGGGAGGCAUAAACACACUCAAAGGUCUCAACAACGGGGACAUGACAGCUCGCUUCCUGAAGGCGCCGCCACAUUCGGAUGCGGCCAUGUACUUGAUGAGGGAGUACAAAAUCGAUCCAAAGGACUCUCGAAAAUCAAAGUCGAGCCAAAAAGAAACGUUGCAUCAUUAUGAUGAUGGGGAGUUGCGGCAACGACCGAGGGAAACCGAGGACACGAACAACAACCAGGUGGACGAGAGUAUGGAGCACCUGGUGGACUGGUCAAAGGCAAUGCUUCCCCAGAUAGCUAACAUAACGGAGUGCUACGAUGAGUGGGUGCACAAGCCGGUGGACAGGCCACUGCGUCUCUUUGGUCCUUGGUACUUGGAAAUGUGCACAAAGACGCCCUGGUGGCUGGUGCCCCUCUUUUGGAUUCCGGUGAUCAUUAAAUGCGUCUUGGAGGAGUUAACUAGCGCCUGGCAGGAUAGGAACCAGCUGGCUGUGUUCUCCGCUUACUUUUUGUUUGGCGUGCUCCUGUGGUCUUUCCUGGAGUACACACUCCACCGCUGGGUGUUCCAUGUGAAGCUGACCAGUAAGAGCGGAAGUUGGCUAUGCACCUUCCACUUCAUGAUCCAUGGGCUGCACCACAAGGUGCCCUUCGAUCCGAUGCGACUAGUGUUCCCGCCUCUUCCCGGUGCAGUGCUCGCUAGUAUCAUCUACACCCCGCUUAGCUUCGUCCUGUCCCAUCCUCGAGUGGUUCUGUCCGGAGCUCUGGCCGGCUAUCUGUGCUACGACAUGAUGCACUACUACCUGCACUACGGGAACCCCUCGCUGCGGGCCUUUGUGCACAUGAAGCGCUAUCACCACCAUCACCACUUUUCGCACCAAACCCUCGGAUAUGGCAUCAGCAGUCCCUUGUGGGAUGUCGUCUUCAAAACAAGAAUCCACCUCCGCAAGUUGAGAUACCAACUGCGUUGGUCCUAGUUUCAAUAACUGGCUAUUAUAGUGCUACUACAGAACAAAUUAAAUUCAGUUUCAACGAAUCAGCGUUGUUGCCGCAGCAGAUAAUUCAAUCAAAUCGGAUAUUUGAUUUAUAUCAGAUUUGUGUGGGCUGAAUAUUGAGUUAAUUGUAUUACUGAGUUAGGCUUAAGAAUUAUUUGUAAGAUUUUUACCCAUUUCUAUUAAAGAGGAAUAAACUUCCAAAACAUAAA